CUUUUCUCUUUUGCUUUACUAACUUUUUCUGUACAGCAAGACUUCAAAAACACAAAAUGUUUUCAGCCUUCAAGAAAUAAGUCAUAAUCCUCUCCCAAGUGAAUUGCGAUCAUCCACAUCGUAUUUAGGUUGAUUUUCUGCAACUGAGGUUAGUGUAUUUCUAGUAGAGAAUAUGAUCCGAUGCACGCAUUGUGUGGGCUGUGAAACCUGGUAUUGACUGCAUGCGUCACAGUUUUCAGUAACAUUCAGAGGGAGGGGAACUUCUGCUGACUCAUCAACAGCAAGAGUUCUACAAUCCAUGUCUACAAGAAAAUGGAGAGAGUUAUAAAAUACAUUAAGUCAGGCCCUGAUGCGGUGCUGAAUGGAAUUUGUGCAGGAACUGUUCUAGUCAGCAUUUGGAUCUAUAAGUCAUUUGAAUUUACCUGCCCAUGUGUUCCUGGAUAUAAUAUGCCUUAUGGACUAUACGUCAUGUUUGCCCCACCAUUAGUGUUCUUCUUUGUUGGGAUCAUUGUUAACCAGUAUUGUACUAUAUUGACAUUGGAGUAUUCUAGACCUGAAGGUAAAAGAGAAAAAAGCAAGGCCAUUUUAAGGAAAAAGUUCAUGGCAAUAAUGAUCAGAACAUUGGCAGCUCCUAUCUUGUGGAUUCUCAUUUGCCUCCUGGAUGGCAAACCCGUUGUUUGUGCCUUCAGUGAGACAGUAAACCCAGAAAAAUAUGGAGGAUUUAAAGACUUCCAAGGGAUUGAGGAAGCACUAUUAUUGUCUAAAGUACCUUGUAAAAACUAUGAACUGCUACGUUCUUCCAAAACAAGGAAAGCAAUAUCAAGGUUCCUUAAAUUUUUGUCACAGAUUAUCGGUUAUGUAUCUGUGAUAACCUUCAUUAUAAUCGGAUCUCUAGCUCGCAUUAUAGGUCCUUUCUUCAAAGUUUCUGGUUCAUUGCAAAAUCGUUACUGGAGCAGGUAUACAGACAUGGAAGAUAAAUGCUUUGAUGAAACUUGCAUACAACAUAACCGUAGGAUCGCUGAGAGGUGUAUAAAUAAAUACUUUAAAGAUGUUGAGAGAAUAAUUGAUGACGAAGAAAAACAAGGCACAUACCCUGAUCAACUUUUAGAGUACUUAGACAAAUGGUACCAUUGUAGGCCCCCAAUUGGUAUUGAGAAUCUAUCUGCGUCACAACAUUAAAUUUGUUUACAGUACUUCUUCUAACGUUGUAGGUUGAAACUGUGCUGUAAAUACUGUAGCUACGGGAGCCCACAAACUACAAAUGUCAAACAGACCAGAGACUGCUACUUGUGAUGUAAGUUUUUGUUUUUAAAUUUUAGGAAAAUGUAUGCUCAAGGUAAACCAAAUGAUUUUUCAGUGACUACCCAGCUGCAAUGUCGAUAUGUAACCCUUUAAUCUUAAAGGGACAUUGGCAUUGCAAGAAGAGGAACAAAUAAAUUAUACUUCAAUUAUA